AUGCAAAUGUACCGGAUCCGGCAGUACAGAAAAAUUUUGUGGCAAUACCAUUUUUCUAUCUAAUCGAACCACUGGAAACUGAACCCAUUGCUUUCCGUCAAUCAAAACUCAAACAACUCGGCAACUUCACCAUAUCAUGCCCCAUCAGAGGAAUGUGAUGAUGAACCACUGAUUUGUUUAUACCGAUUAAGCAUGUUAGUGGUAGACUGUCUGAUUUUCACUUCUGGAGGCCUAACCGGAUGUGGUCUAGUUUCCUGCACUAGUAAUUUUGGUGGGAGGAGAAGAUUCAUUUCAAGAGUAUCUCCAGGAUUAUUCAGGAUUCGAGCAGUGCAAGACAAUGAAGGGCCAAGAAGGCUGGUUGACAUCAUUAGAGUUCUACCAGAAGUAUCUAGGAAUUACUUCAGAAGCCCUUCUAGGAGAGCACUUUUUGGAGGUAUAUCUUUAUUGGGUGGUUUUUAUGUUGCACAGACAAUUUCCCUCUCUUUUGGAGCUUUAGGAGUUAAUGAUGUAAUUGCUGCUGUGGUAUGUGUUCUGCUCACAGAGUAUGUCACUAAAUUUUAUUACAGCCGACCUAAGGUGACAUUCCCUAUUGCACUUCUGAACAAUUUCAAGAUGGGAUUCACAUAUGGGCUCUUCAUUGAUGCUUUUAAACUUGCCAGUUAGAUCUCUGUUCAAUUGAAACUCAUUAUGUCACAAACAUUACCACUUGUAUGAAGCAUAUCAUUUAUUGCAGUUGCCUUCUUGAAUGUCUUCCAUUAACAGAGUUUUUAUUUUUAUUUUU